AUGUCAACAUCAACAUCGCAGUCAUUUGCGGGACUUGGGCUUGAUAGCCUUCCAAUUUCUCAAGAACGUCUGUCACUUUUGAAUCGUUUUAAAAAUGAAAGACUAGGAAAUAUUCGACCCAUGAAUGAAUUUUUUGAUAGAGAAAGAAUCUCAAAACCCGCUAACAUGGGAGCCGUUGCCCAAAGACUUUCUUAUAAUUUGACUUACUUCCAAUCGAAUUAUAUCCUCAUUGUUAUAGGGUUGUUGAUUUAUUGCUUAAUCGCCAAUAUCUGGCUGCUUGUAGCAAUUGUUUUCCUUCUUGGAGGUUUAAAUUAUAUUCGUAAGCUACCACCAAAUGAGCCAUUAGUCAUUCAUGAUUAUGUUAUCACUCAAAAACAUUUAUAUAUGGGAUUAUUUGGUGUUUCUAUUCCACUUUUGUGGAUAUCUUCGGCCGGUUCUACCAUAUUUUGGAUUGUCGGUGCCUCGGCCACGUUAGUACUUGGCCAUGCCGCAUUACUUGAACCAGGCGUUGAAGGAGGAUUUGCGGCAGAUGUCUAA